UGACCUACUCAUAUCUACGCUUUCGAAGUUACCGUCUCAUCCGGCAGUAAAAGAUGGGCGCGCGAGACCUUCAAGUCCUUGGAGAAUCAGUAAGUUAUCAAAACGACAACCUGUGGAGGUUGUCUAAGCACGUGAUUGCCACCACCGCCGGUAAAACCUCGAACCUCGUGUUUUCUCCUGCGUUGAUCAAUGUUAUCCUCAGCUUCAUCGCAGCCAACUCUCCCGGAGCCACCGCAGAAAAGAUUCUCUCUUUACUACAUGCUUCUUCCACCGAUGAGCUUAACGCCGUGUCCUCCCAGAUCGUAACCAAGGUCCUCGCCGACAGCACAGCAACUGGGGGACCAAUGAUCUCGGCAGCGAAUGGUGUAUGGAUAGACAAGUCUCUCACUGUCGAGCAGUCUUUCAAGAAUCUCUUGGAGACUUCGUAUAAGGCUGCCUUCAACCAAGUUGACUUUCGCACUAAGGCUGACGAAGUGUCUGAAGAGGUGAAUGCAUGGGUUGAAAAGCAGACAAAUGGACUCAUUACUGAUCUACUUCCACCAAAGUCUGUGUCCCCUUUGACCGAUAUCAUAUUUGCUAAUGCCUUGUUCUUCAACGGAAGAUGGGAUAGAGAGUUUGAUCCAUCGCUUACCGAAGAUUCAGACUUCCACCGUCUUGAUGGAACCAAAGUACGUGUGCCCUUCAUGACCGAUGACGUCUUCGGUUACCAUAUCGAUGUCUACCCAGGUUUCAAGGUCCUCAAUCUACCUUACAGACAAGGAAGUGACUGGAGAGAAGACGGUCGUGGUUUCUCGAUGGAUAUCUAUCUCCCUGAUGACAAAGAUGGGUUACCUGCAAUGCUUGAGACGUUAGCUUCCACUCCAGAUGACGAUAAGAUUCCUAGCCACAGGGCAGAUUUAAAAGAGCUUAAGAUUCCAAGGUUUAAAUUUGGUUUUGACUUUGAAUCAUCCGAAGCUCUGAAAGGUUUGGGGUUGAAUCUACCAUUGGAGACUAUCAUCCACAAGUCUUGCAUUGAGGUUGAUGAAGUGGGAUCCAAAGCUGCAGCAGCUGCUGCUGUGAUGAGCUUCGGCGCUUGUGGUCCUGCGGAGAAGAAGUAUGACUUCGUGGCUGAUCAUCCUUUUCUCUUCGUUGUUAAAGAAUGGAGAAGUGGAGUGGUUCUGUUCCUUGGCCAAGUUCUUGACCCUUCUAUGCAUUAACUUGUGUCUAAAGACACAAAGUUUUAAUGCCUUUUCAACAAUGGACCAUUUCAAAUAAUAAACUUCACCUAGUCCUCGGAGUUUUGUUGUGUUUUUUUUUUAUAGAAAAAAUGUUUUGUUUUGUUGUCUUUUUCAUAAAAUUUUAUGUCUGCUUUUUUUUUUCUUUUGACGUUGAAUCACUCUUCAAUUGGUGGUUAUAUUUUAGAAAUAAUUAUGAUGAAAUUCCUUGUUUUUCAUAUUUUUGAUUGUUCCAGUUAAGUUAAUUUUGUUUAUCAAAUUGUUGUCAUAUAAGUCCCAUUUUAUUCUUAUAUUUUUCUAUGGAAUACUAAUUUA